AUGCCCGCCACCAAGACCAUCGCCCUCGACUACCUGUUUCAUGAGUGGGGCGGCAAGCCUGCCGCCGUGGUGAGUUAUGGCUCCAGGGGCGGCGGGAAGGCCGCCGACCAUUUGAGCGGCAUUACCGCGGGCUUGCGCAUGAGGGGCGUGCAGACGAGCGUGGGGAUUAGGACUGGGGGGCUGGAGGCAGGGGAAUGUGCGGACAGGGGAGAGCUCGGGGAGGAGGUACUGGUAAGGUGGAGGGAAGAGGGGGUGGAGGAGCAAUUGAAGACGAUGUUGGCGGAAGUGGUGAAGGCGUUAGAGGAGCAGUAA